AUGGGCGCGCGAACGAACCGCAGCAGCAAGCUCGUGAACGUGCUCGAGAAGCGCCUGGGAAGGACUUUAUCAGACCAGGAGGCCUUCCAGCUCGCCACCUACGCCCGCACCAUCCGCAUGUACCGAGGGAAGGAGCAGCGCAUUUACAAGCCUCGCAUGGAACUCUGCGACGACGGCCAGAGCGAGCGCCUCACGGCCCUGUUCGAGGUCCCGGGCCUUCACUCGCGCGAGCUUAGGAUCGACGUCGUCGACGGCCGGCUCAUCGUCAGCGGCGAGCGCCGCCCGCGCGCGGUCGGAGAGCUUCUUCAGCAAGGCGAGGAAGCUGGUGGUGAGCUCGCGGUGGCGCGCCGCCAGGACGUCGUCCGUGGCGGCUCGCCGUCGCAGGUCCGCGAGCUCAAGUACGGGUUCUUCCGCCGCGCCAUUGCGCUGCCCGAGGGCUGUAUGGCCAAAGAUUUGGACGCCACGAUGGAAAACGGGAUGCUGGCGGUGUCUUGGCCGCGCUUCCCCAUGGCGCGCCUUUUUGUCGAGAGCACCAACGACCAAAAGCACAAUCACGGCGACGCCCGCGGCACCGAGGAUACCGAGGACUUCACGGAGGAGGAGGAGGAGGAGGAGAGAAAGACGGCGUCAGUUUAG